AUCUCUGUGAGACUCAGGUCGAAGAUGAUCUUCAUGAAACUCGUUGCCGAGAGGAUCUCCGUGAGACUCAAGCCAGAGAGGAUCUCUGUGGGACUCAAGGAGGAGAGGAUCUCCAUGAGACUCAAGCUGGGGAGGAUCUCCAUGAGACUCAAGCUGGAGAGGAUCUCUGUGAGACUCAGGGUGGAGAGGAUCUCCAUGAGACUCAAGCUGGAGAGGAUCUCUGUGAGACUCAGGGUGGAGAGGAUCUCCAUGAGACUCAAGCUGGAGAGGAUCUCCAUGAGACUCAAGGGUGGAGAGGAUCUCCAUGAGACUGAUGGAGGAGAGGAUCUCCAGACUCUGGCUGGGGAGGAUGUCCACACUGAGGCUCUGGAGGAUCUCCAUGGGACUCAGCUGGGAGAGGAUUUUCAGCUUGCUGAACCAGCAAGCUGGGCUGUGACCUAUGGCCAGAUGUGGCAAGUAAUGACCCUCCAAGGCGACUCUGUCAACUGCAGAGAGGACAUCCAUGCCACUCAGGCCAGAGAGGAUAUUCAGCCUGCUGAACCAGCAAGCUGGGUUGUGACCUAUGGCCAGAUCUAUCAAAACAUGAACCAUGAGGAUGGCCCUUCCCUCUGCAGAAAGCCCAUUAUGAACUCGUGGCUGGGCUCUGUGAAUGUGGAGGAUUGGGUGGAGCGAGAGGUGCAGGACAUCAGUCCAUCCAAGCACAUGGACACUUUCUAAAGCGUCCUGCACAAUGUUUCCCAAAAGACCUGGGAGAAGACCUGCCCAUCUUUAUGUGACUCUAUUCUACAUCAUUGAGACUACAGCUACUAUCAUUCAACAGUUCAGCUGCCCUUCAACCGAGACACAUUGUUGUUCUAUCCAUUAUUAAUAAUAAAUUGUUUCUUGAUUACCGUAUUAUAUUGACAUGACAUUAAUAUUGUA